AUGAGUCGACUGCCUCGACUGAUUAUUUUCUUCGUAUUCUCCUGUAAUCUCCACCAAAUAGUCGCCGUUCCUCCGCUGCCAAGUUGUUCCGAUAUCCCGCGGGUGCUCUGCUGCAUCGAUCGGAUUGCCACCAAUUGCCCUAAGGGCUGUCGAGCUUAUAUUGAGGAGAAGUGUCCUUAUAAACUUCAAAAACUGUUUGGAGAAGAGGCUUCUACUACUCCUACUGUAAUAUCGUCAACUACAUCUUUACCAUCACCUUGGGAACAGUUGGCGCAGUUGGAAAAACAAGAAGAGGUAAGAGGAUAUCCAUAGUUGAUAAUUACUCUUCAUUUUUAACAUUUUGUAAUCUAAUUUAUGCCAGUUUUAGACUACAACUCAAUCUCCAGUCUCUCCUCCUCCAAGAAGACGACGUCCUUUUGUUGAUAAUGAACCAGUUUUCCAUGCCCACGCUGCUUCAGCCCCAACAAUUCCUCGGCAAAGUCCCCAUCCCCAACCACUCCUAUCUCAAUCCAAAGACCGUAAAGCUCCUCAUGUCCACAACACCUUCGAGCCAGUUGCCCAAGUCUUCGAUGGCGAAGCCCCUCAACGGCUUGCACCUGCUCAAUUUGUCGACAGUGCUAUUCUCUCGAGUGCUCGCAACGUCAUUGACAAUGAACAUCAAGCUCAUUGCGGGACAGAUCACGCGACACCUCCAUUCGCACCAUGUGUGGAACGAGAGAUCGCGGACGAGAGGUUUUUGUCUUGUUGUAAAGGCCAAAUUCCAUCCUCAUGUCAUUCGCUGUGUACAUACGAACAUCGUGAGAAGGUGGCUGCUCGCAAUUUCAUAAACGCAGUUCAACACGAGGGCUGUGAUUUGAAAUGGAUAUCGACCAUCUUGCACUGUGCAAACAAGGCAAAAGACAACCGGCAAUGCUGCGAGACGCUUAAUUUGGCCAAUCCGGAGCUGGGAGUUGGCGAUAGGUAAGAGAAUUAGCCAAUAGUUGUUUUGAAAUUAUCAUAGAUUAUAAAACCAAAAAAUUCUUUUGUCAUGGUGUUUAAUGGUCAAUUUUUAGAUGUCUUCGAAUGUGUUAUAUCCCAUCGGACCGUGAGACAAUUGGUCAUGUUCAUCAACAAGAUCUUGUCUGCUUAUCUAACUGGAAUGUAAUCAUGUAUUGCGCUCGAUCUGGCCUUCGGAACUACCAAUAG